AGUACACUGUUGAUUUUCGUUGGGUGUGGCCGAACCAUUUAUACAUAAAAAUAAAUCAUAUAUUCACAUUUGAUCGACAAUUGUCUUGGGCAAACAAUGGCUAAUAUUUUGAGAUUAAAAGAUAUAAUUCAAUAUGGUUCUUACAACGCCCGUGAAGCCAUAUGGAGUAAUAAAGAGAGCGUGGCAAUCCCAUUAUCUGAGACCCAACUUCAGAAAGACGAUAUACAUUUACUUAUGCGUAUCAGACAUCCGAAUAUUAUUGAAAUAUAUGGCAUACAGCACGAUUAUGUACUAAUGGAAUAUUCGAAAUGUGAAUCUCUGCACACUUACUUACAUGGGAAGGAGCAGAGAGAAUAUACAGUAAGAGAUGUGCUUUCCUGGAUGCAUCAGGCCGCUAUGGGUCUUCAGUAUCUCCAUUCUAUGGAACCUAACCCGUUUUUCCGACAUAUUAAUACCAAGAAAUUUUUGCUAUCCAAUAACUUUUGCACCCUAAAAAUCGGUGGCAUUUUGGAGGAAGAGCUGGAAUAUGAGUCGCCAUUAGCAUCACUGGUAAAAUCACAAAAAGCGUGGAAUACUCAGAAGAACAACGUGUACAGCUUUGGUAUUAUCUUUUGGGAGUCUAUGUCGCGAAAGAUUCCGUUAUAUCACGGUCUUAUAAAACAGGCACCACAAACUGUUGUUAAAUACAUUACCUUCAUAGGAAUAAUACCAAUACUUAAUGAAAUACAAAUACCCAACUCUGAGCCGAUUAAAGAAUUAAUUGAAAAAUGCUGGAAUUCGGAUCCUGUUAAGAGCCCAGCAAUGGAAGAGAUACUUUCCCAAGUCACACAUUUUCUGAAUAGUUUCGACCCUUCAAUAUUGGAUCAAGUCUUCAGUGCUAAUAUAGGAAAAUUCUGGGACUUUGCAGCAAUUAAAAUGGGCGACGAAAUUGGCAAGGGCUACUUUGGCGUUACGUACAAAGCGACUUGGAAUGAUACGACUAUUGCUGUAAAAAAAUUGACACACAUUAUGAAUGAAAACAUUAAACAUCGAAUCGAGGAGCUAAUGCCUUUAUCAAAUCCACAUAUUGUGUCUAUACUUGGCAUCGCAAUGGAUGGAGAAUUUGCAAAUAUACUAAUGGAAUACUUGGAUUGUCCAUCCGUGUCCGAUUAUAUCCACGAUCGUAGAUACGAAGUUAGUUUGGAUUUGGUUUGGUACUGGAUGUCUCAUGCUUCUGAGGCAAUUAAUUACCUUCUAUGUGAGAAAAAGCUAGACCCCCGUUUUCUUUGCAAUUUGACGCCUAAAAAUAUGAUGUUGGGUAAAAAAAUGCAAUUAUGUAAUUUUUGUCUUGCAUUCGACGAUAAAGAUGGGUUGAAAGAAAAUCUAGAUAAGUCCUACUUAGCACCGGAGGUGAUGAACGAAGGAGAAUACUCUGCGCAGAGCGUCGUAUAUACCUAUGGCAUUAUCUUCUGGGAGUCAUUGACACGUCGGGAGCCUUUCCACAACUAUCAUGCAGUUAGUAUUAAGAAGGAACACCACAAAGGUAAACGUCCGCCUAUUGACAAAAUUAAACAAUUCGCUCCAGAUUCCCUACAGCAAAUUAUUUUAAAAUGUUGGCAUGAGGAUCCGAAGAAACGACUUGAGCUGGACAAGUUACAUGAAUCAAUUUUGGAAAUCUAUCUGGAUAUCAAAUAUUUUAAGCCGGAACCGUUGCGUAUCUCCACCAUUAUCCCCAAUACCAUUUAUAUUGGCGAUAUAAAUAUAUUAAAAACUGUUGGAGAAAGUCAAUUUGGCAUUGUCUACAAAGCUGAUUGGCAUGGAUGGGAUAUAGGGUUGAAAAAAUGUAAAAAUGUUUUAAAUAGUGAUAUCAAUUCAGAUCGUAAAGAAGAGAUCAAACAUUUUUCACGCAUGGACCAUGAGAAUAUUGUAACACUAUAUGACAUUGGUUAUAUUGAGAAAAUUGCACAUUUAGUCAUGGAAUAUUCUAAUUGUGGAUCUCUCUACAACUACUUGCAUGGUGAGGAACAGCGAAGUUGCACUGCUAUAAAUUCCUUUCACUGGAUGUAUCAGGCGGCAAAGGGGAUUCAAUACCUAUUAGAUGGGAGACCAAUUACAACUAUACAUCGCAAUUUAAAUUCUCAAAAUAUGUUGCUGUUCGAUAACUUCAGAGUCUUGAAAAUCAGUGAUUAUUGCUUUCCGGCAGAGGGGGAUUCUCUUUUAAACUAUCAAGAUAAUGCCUAUGUAGCACCAGAGGUCUUCGAGGAAGGAAAAUAUACAAAAGAGAGCGACGUAUAUAGCUUUGGGAUCGUGUUUUGGGAGGUGAUGUCCCGCAAGAAGCCCUUCUCUCAAUUCAACAGAUCAUUUGAAUUCACUAAUGUAGAAGAGAUCCAAAAUGGGAAACGUCCGCCUCUGAGUGAUAUAAUUGAAUCAGAAUUUAAUUACAUAAAGGAAAUAAUUGAAAGGUGCUGGGAUACAGACCCAAAAAACCGUCCUACAAUUUCGGAACUAGUCGAACAGCUGCAUGAACCUGAGUUGUUUGAAAAUGUAGACUAUGCAGAUAUUGAAUUUCGAGAGGAAUGUAUUGGUCGAGGUACCUUCGGAAUUAUCUGCAAAGCUAACUGGUGCGAAAAAGAGAUCGCAGUACAGCAAUGCACAAAAAGUUCAGAGGAAUUCGACUCUGACGAUGUCGGAAACAUUGAAAAUGUUGUCAGACAACUUUCCCGCGUUCACCAUGAGAAUAUUGUGGAGCUAUAUGGAAUUACAGUUCAUGAUAAUAACGCAUUUAUACUAAUGAAUUAUCCAGAUUGCAUAACCCUUCACAACUACUUGCAUGGAGAAGAGAAACUAGAGUAUACAGUGGGCCGUGGACUCAAUUGGAUGAUCCAAUGUGCUAAGGGUUUAGCUCACUUGCAUGCCAUGAAACCAGAACCAAUUUUUCAUAAUUGUUUAACGCCAAGCAACCUACUCCUAACCGAAAAUUACCAAAUUUUGAAAAUAAGCGAUUUUGGCAUUGCUCACGAACUGCCAAUGGCUUUUGACGAAGUCAUUUCAGAGAUUUAUGAAUCUAUGUUAAAUAUAUGUGAAACCCCAAAAAAAUACUAUUACGACUAUUGCUCCUUUGGCAAUAUUCUAUACGAAGUGAUGACACGCCAGAUAAAGCAUAUUGCAGAUGGUCUAUAUCUUUCACCGAUAUUCAUUAACUUAUAUGGCGCAGAUGAUAUAUCAGAAAUAAUUGAUUCUUGCGUGAAGGCGCCCUUUAAGGCUGUGGAAAUCAGAAAGAUAAUAUCUGUUCUUACAAAUAUACUCGUAACUUCUGAAUCUAGAAUACUUUCUCAAGUCAUCAUACCAAUCGAUGAAGAUGAGUGGAAUGAAUUAUGGCAAGAAAGUCUACAAAGGCAAAAUGUUGAAAAAGUGGAAUUUUCGAAAAUAGAGAUUGUUGAGGCAAUUGGGGAAGGCGCCUACGGGGUUGUUUACAAAGCGCGUUGUCCUAAAUGGAUUAUGGCGUUAAAAGAGUUUAAGGGAAAACCCAAUUCCCAAAGUCUCUUUGAUGCAUUUAACAAAGAGGUCCAGAUGCUUGCACCUCUUGACCACGAGAAUAUUGUGAAACUAUAUGCUACGUCCACAAAUUUUGGGACAUAUUAUUUACUCAUGGAAUAUGCUGAGAAUAAAUCGCUAUAUGACUACUUGCACGGAAUGGAAAAACGCAAAUACUUAAUGUCAGGUGGAAUGGACUGGAUGAAUCAGCUUGUUAAUGGUAUAGAAUACUUGCAUGAUUACGACCCACCGAUAAUUCAUCGCGAUUUGAAGCCUCAAAAUUUAUUACUAUUCGAAAACUACAAAACCCUGAAGAUUGGAGAUUUUGGCACCGUUACAGAAAUGAAGACAAAAAAUACGUCAAAUCUGGGCACAGAGUCUUAUCAGGCACCCGAGGUAAUCAGUUCAAAUGGAGAAUAUACGGAAAAAUGCGACAUUUUCAGCUUUGGCAUUAUUCUAUGGGAGGUAAUGUCUCGCAAAAAACCUUCCGAAUAUAUCGGAGAAGGGGGCCGACCGGAACUCCACGUUAAAAUUAUUACGGAAUGUGAGCAAUUGCAAAAACUGAUUGAGAGUUGUUGGCAUAGCGAUCCGGAGAAGCGACCCUCUGCCGAAUCAAUUCAACUUUGUACAAUUCCGUGUUCUGUUACUUAUAUUGACUAACUAACUAUAUUGACUAAUCAAAUAGAAAAAAUAAUAAUAAAAUCAUUGUAAUCCUGCUAUAGAUUAUAAUUUAGUCAUGAAA